AGCCGGAAAGGGAGGAGCCCCGCCAGCUACAAAUUUAUUUAUUUUUUUUAAGUCGCCAACAUGGACGGCACACGUGUGUCCGCUUUAGCUAUCUACCGCUUGCAGGAGCACGCCGGCAUCAUCAAGAAAGAGAUACCCAGUCGACUGCAGAAGCCGAGAAAAGGACAUCUCCUGUCUCUUUCCAAAAACAUUAAAAAGAAGCAAAAACAAAAGGAGAAGAAAAAGGUGAGCCUGAAUAAGGGAUGCUCCCAGGUAGGGACAGAGGGGCCCGAUCCUUUGCCAAAAGAUAAUGACUUUAAAGUGGAAGGGCAGCCCGAGGCAGGAGCCCCACAGGCUAGUCCGCUAGUAGCCGAAGUAGAAAAACGGAGCAGGAGCCUUAGGAGGCAGAAAGCCCAGACUGAGACCGCAGAACUCGAAAGGGUGUUGCCCUCGACGGCUCGGGCUGAAGAGGAGAGGGAGGAGGAAUCGGUACUUGCAUCUGCGGCAGUAGGGAAGCGGAGCGGGACCUCUAGCAAUCAGAAAAUCAAAAGACAGACGGAAGAGCCCGAAAGGGUCCAGCCUCGGACUCAGACGGUUGUGGUGGAAGAGGAGAGAGAGGCGGGGCCUUCUGCAGUAGUGGAGAAAGAGAGCGGGGUCUCAAAGAAUCAGAAAAGCAAGAAAAAGGGUACUUUGUCUCAGACGGCUCAGGGAGGAGAGGAGAGAAAAGUGGAACAGACUUCUGGGGCAGUGGAAAAACUGAGCGAGGGUCCAGGGAAGCAGCAAGUCAAGAGAGAGACGGCGGAACCCGAAAGGGUCCUACCUCCGGCAGGGUGGAGAGAAGAAGGGAGAAAAGUGGAACAGCUUCCUGGAACUGCAGAGAAACUGAGCGAGGGUCCAAGGAAGAAGAAAGUCAGAAGACAGGCAGCAGAGCCCGAAAGGGAUCUACCCCCGACGGGGCGGGUAGAUGAGGACAGGGAAGUGGAGCCGUCUCUUGGGGCGGCAAAGAAGCAGAAAAUUCAGAGACAGGUAGCGGAACGCGUAAGGGUCCCAUCCCCAUCUCCAACCCCGACUCCUACUGUUGUUAUAGAAAAACUGAGCGGGGGCCAAAAGCGCAAGAAAGUCAAGAGAGACCUGGUGGUGGGGGACAAGAAGAAGGUGGAAGGAGGAGCCAAAGGAGAGCUGGUGGAAGGGCACAGCAGCUGCGGAGCGGGGUCCGGGGCCCCUUCCUUGCAGCAGGUGCUCCAGGAGCUGGGACAGAUUCCGCACAGCAAGCGUAGGGCCGCCCGUCUCUUCGAAUGGUUGAUCUCGCCGCUGUCCGUAGACCAUUUUUUCAGCUGGAUGUGGGAGAAGGACGCGGUGCUGGUGCGGCGGGGCAACCCGGAUUACUACCGGGGCCUGUUCUCCACGGCUGAACUGGAUGCGGUGCUGCGUGGGGAGGACGUGCAGUUCGGGCAGCACCUGGACGCCGCGCGCUACCGGAACGGCCAGCGCGAGACUCUGAACCCGCCGGGGCGGGCCCUUCCGGCCACCGCAUGGUCUCUGUACCGAGACGGCUGCUCCCUGCGCCUCUUGUGUCCGCAGGCCUUCUCCGCCGUCGUGUGGCAGGUGCUGUCUGUGCUCCAGGAGCAUUUUGGCAGCAUGGUAGGCGCCAACGCCUACCUCACGCCGCCGGACUCCCAGGGCUUCGCCCCUCACUACGAUGACAUCGAAGCCUUCGUCCUGCAGCUGGAGGGGAAGAAACUCUGGCGUGUCUACAAACCCCGGGAGCCGGUGGAAGAACUCCCCCAGUUUUCCAGCCCUAACUUUGGACCUCAGGGCUUGGGAAAACCCGUGUUGCAAGAGGUGCUGGAGCCUGGGGAUCUGCUCUAUUUCCCCCGGGGCUUUAUUCACCAGGCCGAAUGUGAGCCUGGGGUGCAUUCCUUGCACCUCACUCUGUCUACCUUCCAGCGCAAUUCUUGGGGGGACCUGCUUGAACCCCUGCUGCCAGCGGCUUUGCAAGCUGCCAUGGAGGAGGACGUGGAAUUCCGCAGGGGACUGCCUAGGGACUACCUAGAUUACAUGGGGGUUCAGCAUUCAGAAUCUGGGGACCCUCGUCGAGGUCCCUUCCUGGAGAAGGUGCAGAGAUUGCUCACCCGCUUGGUACAGUAUGCCCCUGUGGAUGCUGUGGCGGACCAGAGGGCCAAGGGCUUCCUCCACGACUGUUUGCCUCCAGUGUUGUCAGAGAAGGAGCGGGCACUGAGCGUGCAUGGGCUGCCUGCCCGGUGGGAGGCUGGGGAAGCUUGGGACGUGGGGGCAAAAAUUACCACCGAGACCCAGGUCCGCCUCCUUCGCCAUGGUUUGACUCGGUUAGUGAGCGAGGACGACAGCGUCCUGUUGUACUACACCGUGGAAAAUUCUCGAGUCUAUCAUCAGGGGGAGCCCAAGUACCUGGAGAUAGACUCCCAGUACACGGAUGCCAUCGAAUACUUGUUCAGUUCUUAUCCGGGUUUUGUGCAGGUGGGAGACCUGCCUUGUGAUAAUAGGAAGGACCAGAUUGCCUUAGUGACCAUGUUGUUUGAAAAGGGGCUGCUCAUCACCAAGAAACCUCUGACCCCAUAGGCAUUUCUUGUUGAGUCGAAGUGAAAAUAAAAGUAUUUUUGUUUCUACUCCCUUA